GUGUUGGGUCUGUUGUCACUCGUGGUGUGUUGGGUCAUAACGUCGGUCUAUUUGGGCAUUUCGGUGGCCGGCAGUGACUUCUGUGUGGAUCCGCAGCCAUUCAUUAGCCAACAGUUGAAUAACGCGAUCGAGGAGUCGGUGUUCGACUAUUACGUGGGCUGUAAUACCAACAGUCCGUUCGCGAAGCAGACCGAAGAGACGGCGCAUAUACUCGAAUGGAUCAAUCGGCACAACCAGGAGAUGUCCCGUCUGUGUCGCCAGAAGUGCAGCGGCCGUGAGAUCACCGAUAAGUUGAAGACAAUGAGCGCCGACUCGACCCGAAUAAAGGAGCGCUUCGACAGUCUGUUGCAGGCGUUGGACUGCAAGCGCUUUAACGCCGAUUACAUCGCAAUGAUGACCGCCUCCUGCAAAGAGGUUCUCGAGGGAGUCGUACUGAUGCUCAUGUCGUCAUCGGCCGCCGGCCUAUGCUUUACGCUCUUAGUGUUGUGCGCUUCGCACACGUGGAUCAAUAUCAGGAAGAAGAGGCCGUUGAGCGCCGAACACACCGAAGAGACUGAUCCGUUUCUCCCGCCCGCGUCUUCCACGUCGACCACUUCGUCGGCCAAUUCCAAGCGUAUCCGCGACUCGUAUGGCAGCGCCAAUAGUAUGAGACCGAGAUUCAGUCACACACCCCCACAGACACCUCAUUUCCCGCCCCCGACGUCGACCCCUCCGGCCAACGGGCGUUCCAUCGGUCGCGACGAUCAGCUCUCCUUUUUAAGCCCUCCG